UGCUUCAAUUCCGAUUCCAAAACAUAUAUUCUGAGACAUAUCUUUCAUUCUUCGUUGACUUAUGUGAACUCCUAUAAGUAAUAACUCUAAAUAACAAAAAAUAAAAUAUGUCAAUGUUCUACAACGCUGAAUGGGGCUAUCUAGAGGCCAUAACGCGGGGCUUUAAGAACGGAAUGCUGAAGCACUCCGACUAUUUGAACCUCACCCAAUGCGAUUCUCUUGAGGAUGUGAUGAUAAGCAUACAGGGUACGGACUAUGGCGUCAUCUUUGGAAGUGACAGUUCGAAGCCGUCUGUGGAGGUGAUCGAUAAGUGCCUGAGGGAUAGACUGCUACAGCAGUACUAUUAUAUACGCAGUCAUUCAACGGAACCACUAACCACAUUUAUGGAAUACCUUCGAUAUCCCUUUAUGAUAGAUAACGUGGCCCUGCUGGUCGCUGGCCUCAAUAACCAUCGAUCCAUGAAACGUUUGUUGAGUAUGUGUCAUCCGUUGGGAUUCUUCGACCAACUGGGAGCCAUCGAAGUGGCCACAAACUCUUCGGAACUUUUCGACGCCGUGCUUAUAGAUACGCCAAUUGCUCAGUUUGUUCCACCCGAUCUGCCCUUGGAGGCACUGCGCUCCAUCGACGUGGAGAUUAUACGGGCCACCCUAUACAAGGCUUAUCUGGAGAACUUCUAUGCCUAUUGCAAUAAGCUAGGAGGUAAUACAGCCGACGUGAUGUCAAAACUUUUGUCCUUCGAGGCGGAUCGUCGGGCUAUCACUAUAGCGAUGAAUGCAAUCGGCAGUGAUAUCAGUCCAAAGAAUCGACUAAAGAUGUUCCCCUCCUGUGGCUUUUUGUCCAAGGCGGCCUUAGACACCAUGUCCACUUUGAAUGAACGGGAUAAAAUUCGGGAGUUAUGCAAUUUGUACGAGGGAUAUGGCAGAAUGUUUGACAAUUUCGAGCGGGACACCGACGGAAUAAUCACAUUAGAAGACCGCUUCCUUAUGUUGGAGGCUAAGAAGAAUGUCCAUGCCUUUCUGCAGCAGUUCCACUUUGGAAUCUUCUACUCCUUCAUCAAACUCAAGCACCUAGAGUGCCGCAACAUUGUCUGGAUAAGCGAGUGCAUUUCGCAGCGUCAGACGGAUAAAAUCAAUACCUAUAUACCCAUACCAUUUGACUAAUGACUUACUUAUAAUUAACUAGAAUUUUUUUUAUUUUAUUCUAGAUUCAAAGAUUUGCAUUUUCUUAAUUUU